ACUUUUCAUCUCAAGUUAGCGCGCAAUAUAUAGACUUAGGCCAUUGCUCAAUUGCCAUUGCACGUUCAGCGUAGAGUUGUUGUUUCAAUGGGGGCGCUUGUUUUGUUUGCUGCAUUCCUGUUAGCUGCUACAGCAGUUCAUGUCGCCGGUCAGGAAGGUUUUCUAAGCAUCGACUGUGGGCUGGACGCCGCACUCAGCGGCCGCCUGAACACGGACACACAGAUCACCUACGUCUCCGACGGUCCGUACGUCGACGGCGGGGAGAACCACGAGAUUGGCGACGUGAGAAGCGCUGGCGACUACACCGACCUGCGAACGCUGAGGAGCUUCCCGUCCGGCCUGCGGAACUGCUACACUCUCCCCACCGUGAGCGGUGCCAAAUACCUUGUCCGGACCCAGGUCUUUUACGGGAACUAUGACGGCAAGAACGACUCGUCGUCGGUGCAGUUCGAGCUGUACCUGGGGACCAACUUCUGGGACAAGGUCGAGAACGUGAGCUACUGGCCGUCCGAGGCGGUGUUCGUCGCGUGGGCUAGCUGGGUGCCGGUAUGCCUGAUCAACACCGGCAACGGCGCACCAUUCGUCAACACGGUGGAACUGAGGCAGCUCGGGCCCUCGCUUUACCCGGACGUCAACACUGACCAGUUCAUGUGCUUGUGCACGUAUGACAGAAGAAAUUUGGGGGCGACCAGUUUUACCAGGUUUCCCAAUGAUCGAUACGACCGAUUCUGGUGGUCGGUGAGCACCAGUUCAUCAUGGGCGUACCUUUCAACCCAAAAUACUAUCGCCCAGCAAGAUCAAGCACUACAGGAAUCGACGUAGACGCCGACGGCCGGCUGCCCUCGGCGUAGCCACGCCUGGCCCUCGGCGUAGGCUACGCCGACGGCAGCCCUCGGCAUAGCCCCUCGGCGUCUAGGUCCCUCGGCACCUGUCAUCGUGCCGUCGGCGUAGGGCCGGCGGUCGGCGUAUGCCGCCUAUACCGACGGUGCGACUUCCCCUCGGCGUAGCUGCCCUCGGCGUUUGGCCACGGCCGGCCGUCUCCGUUAACGGUGCUCCGUCAGACGCCGACGGUAAUCCCCUCGGCAUAGCCCAGCCAUCAGCGCGCCGUGGGGGCGACGUGGCGCAUCGCCUGGCUGCCACGUACGGAGUCUAUGCCGACGGCCCGGCCCUCGGCGUCUGCAUGGCGCAUGCAGCCAGGCCUCCUCGCGGGUGGGCGACGUGGCGCGUCGUGGCGCCGCCAGCUGUGCCUCUACGCCGAGGGCAACCCCCUCGGCAUAUACUUGAUCCAUGCAGCCAGGCCGUGGACACGCGGCAGAGCCUGGGCGCGUCGGGCUACGCCGAGGGCAACCCCCUCGGCAUAGACCUGACCAUAUGGCCCUAUG